AUGUUGAAAAACUGUAAUUCAAAAUUCGUCGUUAUUCCCGAAAAGCCGACUGGAAUUGACUUUACCGAUCCAUCAAAUACUUCUUAUAUUGUUUCGACUUACGAAUUAAAAAAUGCAACACGACGCUCCGGUUCAUUCUAUAUAAUUAACGAAAAUUUUUUGGUUUGUAAAUAUAUUCCUAUGACGGCAGGAAUAUUUCGCUUCAAGGUUUCCUUGGAAAGAGGUGAAUUAUAUGCGGCAUUAGCGAAUGGCUGUCUUACAUGCAUGCAAUUAUCUGCGAAUAAUACUGUUGACAUACUUAUUUCUAAUAAUGUUAUCCUUUUAUGCGUAUCAGUUUGUGAAAAUAUGGCUCUUACCACCGAUAACCACGGUUUCAUACAUACUAUCGAUCUAACAACAGGAAAAAAAGAAUCAUUUCUUGGCCAUUCAUUGCCAUACACGAAGGAGCCAUGCGAAGUUUGGAAUGCUAUAUGGUGCGGAAAUAGUGGUGCCAUAUUAUCUGGUGGUGAAGAUGGUUUGUUAAAGUUAUGGGACACACGCUGUGCAAAUCGAUUAAUUGAUAUUAAUCAGUCGCACACGAGUGGUGUGAUUUUUUUGGAUACUGAAAAUGAAUUUCAAAUAAUUUCUGGAUCCUACGAUGAACAUAUUCGACGAAUUGAUAUCCGAAUGUUUCAUGACACACAUUGUGAACAAAAGCUUGGUGGUGGUGUUUGGAAUAUUAGAAAGAUACCAGGUUCACAAUACAUUAUUUCAUGCAUGUAUGGUGGUUGGGCAGUUGUCAACUCUGAAACAUUCUCUAUUUUGAAUUCAAAUUCGGAUAUAGGUUCAUUUCUUCUUUAUGAUGCAUUAUAUAAUAAUAAAUUAUCUUCGAUUAUUUCAUGUACGUUUAACAAUUAUUCCGUUAAUUGUGAUUAUCUGUGA